AUGAGCUCCAAAUUGGACUACUUGCGAAGUUCAGAAGACGGGUACAUUUCACAACUAGAGCAGUUGCAGCGUUUGCUCGAACCUCGGCAGACGGGACCCAGCUUGUCUAGCUGUGACCCGUUGAGUCAAGUUCUGCAGCAGUCCAAAGUGUUGAGCGGUACUUGUAGGACAUUGGUGCAGAGACAUGCCGUGUUAGCACAGCAAUGGCGUGGCUCGCGUGAAAAUGCAGAAGCUGUACUUACCAGCUGGCUGGAAGACCUCGAACUGGAGCGCUGUUAUUCGUCGCUGUUCAAUGGAUCUGAAACCCUCAUCUUUGGGUUAAAAGCACCUCUGCGGCAGUUUUCACCUACCUCAGAGUUUACUCAGCUUCUGCUGGUGGCAGCUAAAAGGUUGCAACAGAUAGCAUUGCUGUGCAGCCCUCAGAAUACCAGGGCAUUGAUUUUGGUAAAGUCAUUCGAAGACCACUUCAGGGCCCAGUGGAACAAAACGGACCGCUCUUCGUUCAAGUAUGACCAGGUAAGAGCAUUGGUAACUGGAACUCACAGUUUGGUAAGCCCUCCGUUGAUAGACGCAGCGCAAUCAACGAAAAGAGACUAUUUUACUCUCGAUUUGCCCAAGAUGGGCUACCAGAACCUUUUGGUAGAGUUGUUCCAGCUUUCUAACGGAGAACUUGGCGUCUUCGAAGUCAAUUCGGGACUAGUCACGCCCGCGUCUAUGGAGCAGAUUUCAAGGCUUGUCCUCGUAAGUCGAAACUUCAAGUCAGUGGAGCUGGGUAGAUCUCUCCUCUUCCCAACUCUCCGGAAAAAUGACCUUCAAAUCAUCUCCACAGGUCGUGGGAAGGUCGAACUGAAAACAAAAGCUGGCAAUGGCGUUUUACUCUCUCUAACUGCACUUGAAUCUACGCAGUGGGAAGGCAAUUGGCAGAUUUACCUCGAAAGCAUGUUUUCUAAAGCAUCCUUGCCUUCCGAAAGGCAGACCUUCACUUCAGCAUCAUUGGUCAAGUCCACGCAUCCAUUGCAGAGCUUUAAGCUUAAACAUGAUAAGUUGACGACCCUACGUCCUGAAAAUAUCGCUGGCCUUGGUGUGAGUUUAACCCGCUGUGCAGAUCUCAACACGGGUGCUGAAAGGCGUCACGAUACUUUACUACACAAAUCAAAACCCUUGGACACUUUUCCAACAUCUCCAGCUUCGUCCCUGCAUCCAUUGGAAGAUUUAGAAGACCUUGGUUGCGAAUCGUUACUGAGGUUGAACGAAGACAUUAGCUUAGAAGGGUCGCCGUUCUCACAGUGUGAACCACGUUUCAGCGAGGAGAACUUCAAGAGAGUCAACUCCGAGUCUUCAGUAUCGCGGAAUGAAAUCUCUAUUGGUGAGUUAGCAGAAGACUGUGAGAGCAUUCUUUCAUCUACUGGCGAAGAGAAAGAAGAGGAGCCGUUCGACCUAAGCUCCGAAUUUCACCGACCACAGCUAACCAAAAGAAAGUCGUCGUCGUUGUUAAGUCUCUUUAGCUCUAACAGAUCAAAGACGUCAUUGAAAAAUACAAAAGGCUUGACAUUGGAUUUGCCAUCUGGCAAUUCGACUUCAAGCUUACUAAAAUUACCUAGACCAGAGCCUUCUAACAUCAAACCACAUGCAACUGCUAAGCGGGAUGAGUUCUGUACUCUGCCAGCAGGAAUUGAUAUUCAAGAAGGCUUCCGAAUUUGCGACCAUGAGGUCAAGGUCUCUUACUGGCAUGAGGACUGCUGGAAGGCGAUAUCCAAGAACUCACUGUGCUUCAAACUACACGAAACCGCUGACGGUAAAGUUCUGUGCUUGCUCACGAGCUUCGGUGAUGCUCAACGAACAAAACUCUGCGCGGCUGUUACACCUGAUUGGAAAGUAACAAGACCAGCAGCUCAAGAUCUUCAACUGAGAGUUCCUAGCAGCAGCUUCAUCUGUUCUGUUCUGCCAGCUGGGCCUUCCGUCAUCAGUUUGAGAUGUCCGCAAAUCGAAACACUGAUCAAUACAUUACAUCACUGCAUCAGACAGAAUCUUCCAUCCAAGAUUAGAGCUUCAAAUACCUCGGGCACUCUGUCUACGACCUCAUCUACCUUUAGUGGGUUGGAUAAAUCUGUGUCGCGUUCGGACACAGCAUCGACGGGCCUUUCGUCAAUUGCGCACGACACUUUUAGUCGUUAUAAGAUGCAAACUGCAUCCCUUUUGCUUCUGUCUAACGUGAAAAUUAGACUGCAUCAAAGAAAUGACAAGGCGGAAUGGGAAAUUCAAGACAAAGGACUGCUAGACUUGUACUCGCAAGAAAUUCAGGGCCACGUUUUGGCGAUGAAAUUUGAUGUUAUCAUGGGUCAGUCAAGAAAGCAGGAAUUCGUCAGCAAGAUCUGCGACAUUAGAAGAAUUGGAAGAACGGGAAUUUCCCUAGUUCACGGAAACAAUGAUUAUCUGGUCGAAUUCAAGAACCAGAUUGUGGCAAACGAAGUGUUCAAAUUAAUAUCAUGCUUGAUGUAA